AUGCCCGGUACGAUGGAACCAAUCAAUAUCGGCCUGAUGGGUCUGGGUACUGUCGGGGGCGGCGUCGCUGCGGCACUAUCGAACAACGCGGAAGAGAUCCAGCGGAAAACCGGGCGCACGGUCUGUUUGCGGAGAGCGCUGGUGCGCGAUGCCGGCAAAACCCGUGAGCCGGCUCCUCCGGCGGGAGUGCUGACUACUAAUCCCGAGGAUAUACUGGCCGACCCGGAAAUCCACGUGGUCGUGGAGGUGAUGGGGGGAGACUCUCCGGCCGGCGAAUACCUGGAACGCGCCUUGGCCGGCGGCAAACAUGUGGUGACCGCCAACAAAGAGGUGAUGGCCCGACGCGGCGCGUCAUUGCUGGCCUUGGCACAGUCCCAAAGCGUAAACCUGCUGUUCGAGGCAUCGGCCGGCGGUGGCAUCCCCAUCGUCGGCUGCUUGAUGUCACAGUUGCUGGCCAACGACAUCCGUUCGAUCCGGUCAAUCAUCAAUGGAACCACUAACUAUAUCCUGACCCGGAUGGCGCGAAGCCAGACCCCGUUCGCCGAGGCCCUGUCAGAAGCCCAGAGCCAGGGAUACGCCGAAGCGGAUCCCACCAACGACGUGGAAGGAAUUGACGCUGCGUACAAACUCUCGGUGCUGGGCAGCCUGGCGUUUCACCAAUCAAUACCCCACGAGGCCAUCCACACGGAAGGCAUCAGUCGCCUGGGUCCCGAAGACUUCCGUUAUGCCGCCGAGUUGGGCUACGCCAUAAAAUCCCUGGCGAUCGCGGCCGCCCAGCCGGACGGGACAGUCCAGGCCAGGGUUCAUCCGGCCCUGGUUCCCGAGGACCACCUGCUGGCCAAAGUGGACGGCGUGUAUAAUGCCGUGGAAGUGACCGGUGACCUGUGCGGCCAAAUCAUCCUGCACGGACAGGGAGCCGGACGCGACGCCACGACCAGCGCGGUGAUGGGUGACAUUCUGAACGUGGUGAGGUUCAUCGACAGCGCCGGCCCGCCACCGCUGUUACCGGUUCCGAACGGGCGCGGCCACCAAGUCGGGAACUCCAUCCGACCCAUCGACGAACUUUCCAGCGCCUACUACCUGCGACUGACGUGCGCCGACCAAGCCGGCGUGCUGGCCCAGAUAGCGCGGCUGCUGGGCGACGGCAACAUUUCCAUCGCCACCGUGAUCCAAAAGGAUACCGACCCAGGCAGCGGCACCGCGCAAUUAGUUAUCACCACGUAUCCCUCCCGGGAAGCGGACGUGCAGACGGCUCUGGCGGCGGUUGCGAAACUGGGAGUGGUGGUAAGCGUGGACAAUCUGAUCCGUAUCGAACAGUAG